GAUCGCUCAUUCCUAAAGCAAUUUUGCACUUUCUUGAAGCGCCAAAAUUUUACGUUUUUUUUAUUGUUAAGUUUGUUUUUAUUAUAAAAAUACGUAAACAACUUUUAAUAAGCCGUAAGGAAGAAAAGGUGUCAUUUGCUUCGACAGUCUAGGAUCUUAACAGUCAUGUCCUUCUUUGGUGGCAACACAUCGCUUGGCGCGACAAGCACGCCGGCUAAACCGGGCGGAAUGUUUGGUUCAUCAUUUGGAGCAACAACAGGAGCAGCGGCACCGGCAUUUGGAGCGACAACAGCGACAGUAGCACCGGCAUUUGGAGCGCCAGCUGCAUCUGCGGCGCCGGCGUUUGGUAGCGCGAUAUCUGCACCAGCAUUUGGCACCGCAUCCACAGCAUUUGGCACGGCGACAACAUCGGCACCCACAUCGACACUGGGCGGUGGAUUUGGUGGCUUCGGUGCGGCGGCGACAGCGACAAGUCAACCCAGUUUGUUUGCGACACCCGCUGCAGCGCCUCCUGCUUUCAGUGGUUUUGGUCAAUUAUCUACCAGCACUGCGCCUGCAACUGGAUUUGGGGGCUUUGGGGGAACCACAACAACAGCGCCAACGUUUGGUGGCUUUGGCGCUAGCCAGCCAUCGGCAUUUGGCGGUGGCACCUUUGGAUCAGCUUUUGGCAAACCGGCUGCUGCAACGACUGUUACACCAGGUUUUGGGGGCUUCGGUGGUACGAAUUUUAUGCUCGGCCAGCCACAGCAACAACCUGUUGCCAUCUCAGCAGACGAGGCGUUUGCACAGUCCAUUCUGAAUGUCUCAAUUUUUGGCGAUGAGCGCGACAAUAUUGUCGCCAAAUGGAAUUAUCUGCAGGCCAUGUGGGGCACCGGCAAGUUAUUUUAUUCCCAAAGUGCAGCGCCUGUGGACAUAACGCAGGAGAAUUACCUCUGUCGCUUUAAGGCAAUUGGCUACAGUCGCAUGCCUGGCAAGGAUAACAAAUUGGGAUUGGUUGCACUCAAUUUCGAUCGAGAGUUGGCGACAAUUAAGACACAACAACAACAGAUUAUACAAACGUUGCACAGCUUGAUGGGCAGCAAGCCAAAUAUUUUGGUCCACAUCGAUGUGCUCAAAGAGCUGGAGAAUAAGAAAUGCCAAAUGGUCAUUUAUGUGGAGGAGAAACUUCAAAUGACACAUGGACCAAACGACAGCAAACGUAUACUUGCCACUGAACUGUCCAUGUAUUUGAAUCAGGCAAGCAGAUUUGGGCAGCAAUUGACCAAUUUGGGCAUCAAUUCGGUGUUCGCACUAACGGCGCUUGACGAGGAUCAAAUUAAAGAGUACCUAGAGAAUCCGCCACGAAGUGUUGAUCCACGCAUGUGGCGACAGGCCAAUUUGGACAAUCCGGAUGCCACUCAAUUCAUACCGGUGCCUAUGAUUGGUUUCAGCGAUCUUAAGUGGCGUUUGAAGUGUCAGGAACAGGAAACAGAAACGCAUGCGUUAUACAUGAAAAAGGUCGAUGGUGAAUUGCAGGAGCUGCGGCAGCGACACGCCUCGGCAACGGCGAAAAUCUUGGAGCACAAACGGAAACUAGCCGAAAUGGGCCAUCGCAUAUUAAGAAUCGUUGUGAAGCAGGAAUGCACACGCAAGGUGGGCAGCGCAUUGUCUCCAGAGGAGGAGGCGCUUCGCACUAAGCUACAGAAUAUGCAGGCCGUGGUAUCGGCGCCGACACAGUUCAAGGGACGACUCAGUGAACUGCUCUCUCAGAUUCGAAUGCAGCGCAAUCAAUUCGCCGGCAAUGGAUGCAAUGAUUACACCAUUGACAAGAAUGCCGAGGAUGAGAUGAAGACCAUUCUGACCAUGCAACAGCGUGCCAUGGAGUUUUUGAAAGAGACGGUGAGCAAGGAUCUCGAAGCGCUCGAUAUUAUCAUAAAAGGUUUGCCCGAGUUACAGCAAACAUGAUUGCCAAUUCGCAAUGUACCGAAAUUAUGUAGUUGUUUGUCCAAUAUAGAGUCAAUGAACAAGA